AUGGCGGGCCGUUUACUUGUGAUUUCCAAGUUUCUCGUGGUAUGUCUUGGUUUAAUCGGAGUGCGUCUCGUUGGUGGAAGCGCAUCAUUUGAAGGAAGGGUUGAAGUCUUCCAUGAUGGUCAAUGGGGGACUGUUUGUGACGACUUCUGGAACAUCACAGACGCAAACGUUGUUUGCAGACAACUUGGCUAUGUUGAAGCAGCUAGUGCGUGGCAGAAUGCACACUUCGGAGCGGGAACAGGCCAAACACUCAUGGAUGACGUCAACUGCAGUGAAAAUGAGGAUAAAUUGCAAGAUUGUGCCUUCAAGGGGUGGGGUAUCGAAGACUGCUCCCAUUCAGAAGACGCUUCGGUGACAUGUGAAACAGCUCCACGUGCUGGUAUCACAGCUCCAGGUGCGGCUACCGGUUUGACCGCCGUCGCCGUUGGUUCUGAUACACUGAGCGUGUCAUGGGGCGCCCCCAGUGGUGAUCCUUGUCCUGCUAUUGACUAUACGGUGACCUAUGAACUCACCAAUCUGGAGCAAUGUCCAACGGGUGUACCGGUAAUCAGCGUCAGUUCGUCGUCAACGCGAUCCAUCAGAUUCACCUGGAGUCAAGUUCCAUGUGGACAGAGAAGAGGUCCAAUUACACGCUACCGGUACGUCUUGCAGAGGACAAGUCUUUCGUCUCCGACUGCCGAAGAUUACACAUCAUCGACAUCCAAAACAUUUACAGGUUUAUCACCUUGUACAUCUUACACGUUGAAGAUCAGAGCUUUCACAUCCAGCGGCAGCAGUGGUCCAUGGACGGCACAGAAACAUCAGAAUACAACUGCAAUAGCUCCUGAAGGUGUGACUUCGUUACAUACGACCUUACCCACCUCUACUGAGAUACAUGUGUCAUGGCAAAGACCUACUAACUGCUUCGUCGAUCAGUUAACAGUGGAAUAUCAACUUGACAACAGGGACCAAUGUGGCGCGGUUCACGAUCAGACUCGCAAAUCAGUGCCGAGUGUUUCCCAGUCGCCUGUAACCAUCACGGGUCUGUACCCACACUCUACCUAUUCUGUGUACGUUACGCCUUCCAACAAAGUGGGACGAGGAGCGGAACGAUCGACUGUCGCCACUACCACAGGCAUCGCCCCAAGUGGUCCUCCCACCCGAACACGAGCAAGUGACGUCACCAACACAACAAUAACAUUUUCCUGGGACUUACCAGAAUGUGGUAAACGCUAUGGAGUCAUAACCGAGUAUCAGUUUACCCUAGCUAAUGCUGCCAACGGGGAGCAGACGACAGGUGUCAUCAAACCUACAACUAAGCGAGUUGCAGAUCUUUGGCCGUAUACAUUCUACACGUUUACAGUGCAUGCAGUAAAUCACUACGGUUCGGGGCCAAGUUCGUCAGUAACUCAAAUGACUAAAUAUGGCGUACCAAGUAAACCGGGGUCAUUUGUUGUGGCAAACUUCUCUCAGACGACCGUCGCCCUAGUAUGGAGUGAACCGCAAAUGCCAAAUGGAUUGAUCAAAAAAUACAGUAUUGAGUAUCGUGUACUGGCAAGACCAUACGACACCAACUUCAAGUUUAACAUUUUCUCAGCCUUCAAAGUUCAUCGAGUGGUUGACCUGUCCUCCCUUGAAGCAGUUAUUGUUGAUCUUGAACCCUCGACAAAAUACGAGCUGCAAAUUUGGGCAGUUAAUCACGCCGGCAUCGAGGGACAUAAAGAUAGAUUAGACGUUUACACUGAAAUGGCAACAGAUCUACCAACACCUGAUACGCCAAUUCUCAUUGGGAAUGAAUCGACCGUCUCGUCUAUAGCAAUCAGGCUGGUCAACAAGAGAACGUCUACAUAUAUCAGUUCUUACCAGAUCGGUGUAAGGGACAUCAGCAGUGGUUUGACCCCGAUAGACAAAAUAUCCAAACGAUAUGCGCCUGAAUUUCGGCACCAUGACGAGGAUCCCUCUGCUUACAUUGCUGCUGAAUUACCUGCAACACUCCCAGGGAAGUUUGUCGUUGGUGACAACAAGACAUACGGCGGGUACUGGAACCCACCGCUGCAGGAGGGCGCUGUGUACGAGAUCUACGUCGGUGCUGUCAGCAGAAUAAACGAAAAGAUGGCUAGCAUAGUUUGGAACGACAAACCACUGACGAUUGACGUGGAUGGGGAUUACUCGGAGAUUAACGUUGCCUUUGCUGUUGUGAUUACUCUACUUGUAUCAGUAGUAAUUGCUGCUCUCCUUGCUGCAGUUUUACUGAUACGCAGGCAGAGGUCAAAACGACCACAACGAAGAACAUCCACAGUUUCCAAUGACGCAGUGGAACUUGAAUCUACACAUAAAUGUUCACCCAUCAACCAAUGUUCAGCACCGACAACUGCUCAACCGUGUGCGAGGUACACACAACAAUCUGCAGCAUGUGUCUCGAAAUCAAAUGCAGUUGGUGUGUCCAUUGCGCAAUCAUCCGCUGGAAACUUAAGAACGUCUUCAACUGAUUGCUCAUAUGAAGUAUACACCGUCCCAGCUGAAGAAAUAUUUCCUGAACCAUCGAAAGGUAUGGAGCCGAGGAAAUGGCCGGCUGUGUCGACUAAAGGAGCGGUCAAGCUAACGCCUUAUCUGCGGGGGAACUCCAGAGAGGCUGCAUCCUCUGGUUCCGUUGCAUCCCCCGAAUCCGAUGUAUGGCUUAAAUCUGCUGCAUCCCUUGGUUCCGAUAAAUCCUUUGCCCCUGCAUCCCCUAAAUCUGCUGUAUCCCCUAGUUCAGUCUCUGUAGUGAAUCUCGCACAGUUUAUUGAAGGAAGGAAGAUGGACUCUAAUGCGGGAUUCAAGCAGGACUUUAAGGUUCUUUCUACACAGCUGACCCAUUCUCGGAGUAUCGCCAAAAUGAAGGAAAAUGCAAAGAAGAACAGAUACAUCAACAUAUUGCCCUACGAUUACUCCCGUGUUGUGUUGGAUGCACUUGACGGUGACUCGCACUCAGACUACAUUAAUGCCAGUUACAUUGACGGAUACAAGCGUAAAUCAAGAUACAUUGCUUGCCAAGGUCCAAAUCAGGUAACUGUUAACGACAUGUGGCGCAUGAUUUGGCAGGAGCGAAUUGGGAAGAUCAUCAUGCUCACCAAUCUGGUUGAGAAGGAAAAGGAUAAAUGUGAGAAGUAUUGGCCAGAUCAAUCGUCAAUGUACGGGGAAUUUAUUGUGACAAAUGUGAAAGAAGAAUCACAUCCAACUUUCAUUUUGAGGACCUUCAAAGUAUCUAAGAUUGUCGUUGAGGGUGAAUCGUUCCAGGUCCUGCAGUAUCAUUACAUCGCAUGGCCUGAUAUAAAGCCACCCGAAUCAUCAUCAUUGCUUCAGUUUGUUGGACGAGUACACCAAUCAGAAAAGACAUAUCAAGGUUCUAUUAUGGUCCACUGCAGCACUGGAGCAGGCCGCACCGGAACAUUCAUUGCAUUGGAUAUCUUGUUGGAACAAUCUGAAGCGGAAGGACAGGUCGAUGUGCUGAAGUGUGUUAGCAAUGUGAACGACAGGCGGUACCAAUUGGUGCAAACCAUGGAUCAGUAUCAGUUCAUCUUUGAAACCCUCUCAGUAUCCAGUCAGCAGGGGAGUAAAGUGUUGUCCCGAGACCAACAGACUCCUUUAAAGCCGAAAAAGAGUGAAGUGAGAACGGGGGUCAAAAUAUAUGACAACCUGAAAUUACGGCAUCCUGCUCCAUCGAGCAACAUGGGAACUCGCUAUACAGACUCCCACCCAGUCUAUGUCAAUUGGAAGAAGUAAAUGCAUUUUUUUGUAUGCGAGUCGCCGUACUCCAAAUCAUGUAUCUGAUUAACGGUAAUAAGGAUGGCGAUGCAGUGGGGAUUUGAGCACCAAAUUUUAGUCAUGUGUCAACAAAUGCCUGAAUUCAAGACCGUUGUUUGAGCGCCUGCAUCAUUACUCCGGAGCCUUUAUAUAUGUAGCCAUUAAGUGUAAGAUAACUUGUUAUUGAGAAUGUCUAUACCCAGGGCACGCUUUGCUGCUUGGUAUGAAUAUAACGCACUGAAUGACUUGGAUUGACUUGUACUUUUAAUUUUACUAGUACAAAAGUUGGGAUGCAUAAAACGGCGCCAUUUUCAAUAUGGCUGCCUCCCGAAAUUGGUUGUGCCCAUAUUUUGGUCUGUGAAACUCUAGAUAGAGCCUUAGUUUGGGUGUAUAAGUGUUUUCAGGGUCAAGGAACCCCCCAGAAAAUAAUUUUUAAAGUGUUGGAUAUUCAGUUAGGGCGGCCAUUUUGAAUUUCAAGAGGGCUGCAAAUCAAAUACGUUUUUCCCCGUGUCACGCCCUUGGAGACUUGCAGAGACUUGGUGCUGGUGUAACCCAUGUUUUAAUGAGGGAAUCAAUGUGUGGUGAAGAGGUUUUCAAUUAGAGGUUUAAACCCGCGCCGAGGCCUGG